AUGAACAGGAGAAUCCUCACUAUUCGUGAGAUCUUCGACUAUUUCCGGGAUCGAAAUGUCCGGGAUCACAAUGCCGAGCUGGAUCUCCCACUUUUGCAAAAUUCAGGGAUCAUUCUGUCCUUUUGGAUUGGAACCAAGAAAUCGGAUAUUGAAGUCAAGUGUCAUGGAAGGCCGGAGCGCAACUUCUGCUGGCACUUUAUCAAGCAGGCUCACCCAGAUAAAAGUUGCAAAGACGUGUACCAUGUUGGGAUAAACGACUUGUUGGUUCUCAACAACGAAACAAACUCGAUGACUCUCCGUGUUGUCGACAAGGAAUGCUCAAUGUUCUCAUUGUUCGAUUUCGUUGUUGAACUUCAAAAUGUUCUGCAAGGGAAAUUUGAAUCUAUCGUAGUCGAUGAAGAUAUAUUCGUGUCGCCAGAAAAGGCGAAAUGUGUCACCGACACUUUGACAAAAAUUGUGUGCCAAGCAGUCGUCAUCCGUCGUUUGGAAAACGACUUGACUGAUUCCAAUAGCGAGCGGAUCAUUGAAUUUCUCAAUAGUUUGGAUAUCAAACGGAGUGUUAAUGUGCAAGUCGAGCUGAGUUCAAAAGCACUAGCCAAGUCUACGCUAGCCAAGAUUCCCGUAGUAACCAUGACAGUACCAACGUCUACCCAUAUUGUCAAAAGUGCUGGAAAAAACAGCUCAUUCACUUUCAAGAGCUGUAAAAUCGGCUUUCUCAACCACUUGCUUGGUAUUUUCACAUUGGGAAACCUCUUCUCCAUUGGAACUAUUCGCCUAAAGCUCGAGAAGUUUCAUUACAAAUCAAGUGAUAAGAUAUUGCCGAAUCUUUUUCAUGAAGCAACAGCCGGUCAAAAACCAUUCGAAAAAAUGAAGAUCGAAGAUCAAAUCGCCGCGAUGUCGUUGCACGGAAUCCACGUCAUAAUCAACGAUCGAACUUCGGUUACAAUUCUCGUGAAUAGACAUGAACCUCACGAUAAUGUUACCUUCAUUGCUCACUUUGAACACCGACGCGCUCCAGAUCGUCAGGAUCAUCAGGAACGUCUUCAACAGAGAUACUUCAAAAAAAAAAAAAACAUAUUUUGGAAACGGGACAAUCAGAUGCCAACGGUGACCUCGGUUGUCAAGGCUGACAGCGAUAUCAUAAUCUCGGAGAAGGAGGCGAAGAAGCAGAAAUUGCUACAUGAAAAACGUCGCAUUGAAGCUGAGGAGAUUGAGAAAUCAAAACUGGAUUUGAAGAUGUUCGAAGCUGGUCGUCUAGCCGAAGAGCGGAUGUUAGCAACGACUCUGGCCGAGGGAAAAAUUCAGCGAGAAGACUUUGGGUACCUGUUCCCGCGUGCAGAGAAGCAGAAGAAGCACUGA